GGCCUUAUAUUUCUUCUAAAGUAUGUGUUCAACUCCCAAGCUUGUUUUAUAAGGCCAACAUUACCCUGACACCAAAGCCAGAUUAGGACACUACAAGAAAAGAACUACAGGUCAAUAUUCCUGAUGAGUGUAGAUGAAAAAAUUCUCCGAAAGAUACUAUCAAACCAAAGUCAGUAGCACAUUAAAAGGAUCAUAAUACCACAUGAUUUAGUAAUUCCACAUCCGGAUACUUAUCCGAAGAAAAUGAAAACACGUGAUUCAAAAAGAUAUCUGCAUCUCUGUUUAUUGCAUUAUUUAAAAGAUGUGAAAGCAACCUAACUUUCUCUCUACAGAUCAAUAGGUAGAGAAGAUAUUGUGUGUUUAUAUACACAUUGGAAUGCUUAACCAUAAAAAAUAAUGAAAUCUUGCUAUUUGUGACAACAUGGAUGGAUAUAGAGGGUAUCAUGCUAAGUGAACUAAGUUAGACUGAGAAAGACAAAUACCAUAUGAUUUCAUUUAUGUGUAGAAUUCCAAAAAACAAAACAAAUAAAUAAAACUAAAAAACCAGAAACAGACUCAUAAAUACAAAGAACAAGCUGAUGGUAGCUAGAGCAGAAGGGGUGUGGGAGGGAAUGGGCAAAAUAGGUGAAGAGGAUUGAGAUACAAACUUAGAACUGUCAAAUAAAUAAGGGAUGAGAAGUACAGCAUAGGGAAUAUACUUAAUAUUGUAACAACUUUGUAUGGUGAGAGAUGCUAACUAGACUUAUUGUGAUGAGCAUUUUGUAAUGUGAAUGUUGAAUCACUAUGCUGUACAUGUGAAACUAAUGCAAUACUGUAUGUCAACUGUACAUUAAUUUAAAACAAUGAUUAUACAUCACGAUCAAGUGGAAUACAUUCCCAGAUACAAAGAUGGUUCUAUCUAUGAAAAUCAAUCAGUGUGACACAUCAAAUUAAUAGAAUGAGAAGUAAACAUCAAAUGGUCAUACCAAUAAAUGUAGAAAAAGCAUUUAAGAAAAUUCAGCAUCCUUUUAUGAUAAAAAUUCCCAACAAAUUGGGUACAGAAGGAACAUACCUCAACAUAAAAGCUCAAACAUAACAAGCCCACAGCUAACACCAUACUCUGUGGUGAAAAGUUGAGAGCUUUUCCUCUGGGAUCAGGAAUAAAACAAAGGUGCCCAUUAUCACCACUCCUAUGUAACAUAGCUGUAAUUCCUAGCCCAAGCAGUUAGGCAAGGGAAAGAAAUAAAAGACAUCCAAAUUGGAAAGGAAAAAGUAAAAUUGCCUAUUUGCAAGAUGACAUGAUCUUCUAUUUUGAAAAUCCUAAAAAUCUUACCAAAAAACUUUAAGAAUAGCUAUCCACCUGGAAUUAAGAGGGAAUUUGGCUUACUUUAUUCUAUUAAUUACCUAUUACUGUACAAUAAAUCACCCCAAAACAUGGUGACUUAGGACAGCAAACCUUAUCUGACAGUUUCUGUGGGUCAGAAAUUUGAGAGCAGCUUAGCUGUGUGGUUCUAACUUAGGGUUUCCUGUGACGUUGCUCUCAGAUUGUUAGCUAGUCGUCAGUCAUAUGAAGACUUAAUUGAGGCUGGAGAAUUUGCUUUUUUUUUUUUUAAUUUUUUUUUUUAAACCUUUAUUUAUUAUUGAGAGACAGAGACAGACCAUGAGCAGGAGAGGGGCAGAGAGAGAGGUAGUCACAGAAUCCGAAGCAGGCUCCAGGCUCUGAGCCUUCAGCACAGAGCCUGACACAGGGCUCGAACUCAUGAACCACAGGCGAGAUCAUGACCUGAGCCGAAGUCGGAUGCUUAACCAACUGAGCCACCCAGGCGCCCCUGGAGAAUUUGCUUCUAAAAUGGCUCACUCAGCAUGGCUGUGGAUAAAUGCCUUAUUUCCUUGCCAAGUGGGCCUUUUGUAAGGAGCAUCUUCAAGUCCUUAUGACUUGGCAGCUAGCUUCCUCCAGCACAGGUGAUCCAUGAUAGAGAGUAAGGGGUGAGUCAUAAUGCCUUUUAUGACCUAGUAGUCAUAAUAUGACCUAAUAUGACCUAAUAGUCAUACAUUGCCAUUUCUUCCAGACGUCUUGGUAGAAGCAAGUUACUAAGUAUGGCCACAGUAAAGGAAAGGGAGGGAAAUCAGGCUGUAACUUUUGAACGGAGGAGUAUCAAAAUGUGAAUAUCCCUGACUGACCAAGUAGAGUAAAAUGAAUGAAAAUAAACCCGGUGCUUCACAGAAUCUUGCUUGUGUUUUUUGUCGAAAAAAUGAUGACUGUCCUAAUAAAUAUGGAGAAAAGAAAACUAAUGAGAAAUGGAAUCUCACUGUACAUUACUAUUGUUUGUUGAUGUCAAGUGGAAUUUGGCAGAGAGGUAAAGAAGAAGAAGGAGUUUACGGUUUUCUAAUAGAAGACAUCAGGAAAGAAGUGAACAGAGCUUCUAAACUGAAAUGCUGUAUUUGCAAGAAAACUGGUGCUUCAAUUGGAUGUGUUGCACCCCGAUGUAAACGAAGUUAUCAUUUUCCAUGUGGACUUCAGAGAGAAUGUAUUUUCCAAUUUACUGGCAAUUUUGCGUCAUUUUGUUGGAACCAUCGACCUGUUCAAAUAAUUACAUCUAAUAAUUAUAGAGACUCCUUACCAUGUACCAUUUGCUUGGAAUAUAUUGAGCCUAUUCCAACUUACAGCAUAUUACGAAGUCCUUGUUGUAAGAAUGCUUGGUUUCAUAGAGACUGUUUACAGGUUCAAGCAAUAAAUGCAGGAGUGUUUUUCUUUAGAUGCACAAUAUGCAAUAAUAGUGAUAUAUUUCAGAAAGAGAUGUUGAGAAUGGGAAUUCAUAUUCCUGAAAAAGAUGCAUCUUGGGAAUUAGAGGAAAAUGCUUAUCAAGAACUUCUGCAGCACUAUGAGCAUUGUGAUGUCCGGAGAUGUCGUUGUAAAGAAGGGCGAGACUAUAAUGCACCUGAUAGCAAAUGGGAAAUAAAGCGCUGUCAGUGUUGUGGUUCUAGCGGAACACAUUUAGCUUGUUCCUCAUUACGAUCAUGGGAACAAAAUUGGGAGUGUUUGGAAUGUAGAGGUAUUCUCUACAAUUCAGAGGAUUUCCAAAAAGCCAAAAAGCAUACAUUACCCAACACUAAUAAUGUGGGAAUAACUGAUUGUUUGUUGGAAGAAUCAUCACCUAAAUUACCCAGACAGUCACCUGGAGCCCAGCAUAAAGAUCUUCUGAGGCAAGGCAGCAAAUUUAGAAGAGAUAUAUCAACAAUAAUAAUGGAAUUAGGAUUUCAAAUUAAAAAAAAAGCUAAAAGAUUAUGGAUUAAUAAAGCCAAUAUCUGGAAUAGUGCCUUAGAUGGAUUCAGAAAUCAAAACUUUAAUCCUUCAUACACAAUUGAAGUAGCAUAUGUUAAUGAAAAUGAUAAUUUUGGAAGAGAACAUCCUGGAUCAAAGCAAGAAUUCCUAAGUCUCUUAAUGCAGCAUCUUCAGAAUUCACCAAUAUUUGAAGGGUCCUUGUCUAAGAACUUGUCUCUAAAUUCUCAAGCUCUGAAAGAGAAUCUUUACUAUGAAGCUGGCAAAAUCCUUGCCAUUUCCUUGGUUCAUGGUGGUCCUUCACCUGGUUUCUUUUCUAAAACCUUGUUUAACUGCCUUGUUUAUGGACCAGAAAAUACCCAACCAAUUUUAGACGAUGUUUCAGACUUUGACGUGGCGCAAAUGAUAAUCAGGGUAAAUACUGCAACAACUGUGGCUGACUUAAACUCAAUAGUAAAUGAAUGCUAUAACUAUCUCGAGCUUAUUGGAUGUCUAAGACUUAUAACAUCAAUAAGUGACAAAUACAUGUUGGCAAAAGAUAUACUAGUUUACCAUGUAAUUAAGAGAGUCCAAGCACCCUUUGAAAGUUUUAAGCAGGGUCUGAAAACUCUUGGUGUUUUGGAGAAAAUUCAGACUUACCCAGAAGCAUUUUAUAGCAUCUUCUGUCAUAAACCUGAGAAUCUUUCUGCAGAAAUCCUUAGUGAUCUUUUUACAGUCCGCACAUUAUCCAAUGUACAGUCUUUGGGGUUUUGGAACAGUUAUUUACAGGCUGUUGAGGAUGGUAAAUCUGCAGUAACAAUGGAAGACAUUCUUAUUUUUGCAACUGGUUGCAAUUCCAUUCCACCAGCUGGAUUUAAACCCACUCCUUCAAUUGAGUGUCUUCAUAUGGAUUUUCCUGUCGGAAACAAGUGUAAUAACUGUUUAGCUCUUCCAAUCACCAAUACAUAUCAAGAAUUUCAAGAAAAUAUGGAUUUUGCCAUAAAAAACACUCUAAGACUAGAAAAGGAAGAAAGUACUCACUACAUUGGACAUUAAAUGUUUUGAACAAAGACGUGCUUCUUUAAAAGCUGCUAUUGAUACUUUUUGUUUCAGAAAUCUGUCCAUCAUCAUUUUGGAACAAACUUGUCAGCUUCUUGGCCCAAUAAAAUUUAUGGUAUGAACAUAAAGGAAUGUUUUGGCCAUUUAAGCUAAAAACUUUUUGUGUUAAAGUAUACCAGUCAAAGUUGAUAUUUUUCUAUUUUCUUAAAAUACAUGCUUCAUAAACUUUAAUAUAAAUAGUUUUAAAAUAGCUGUACAGACUUUUUUCAAGUAUAAUAGCAUGGUAUAUAUAUAUAUAUAUAUAUAUAUAUAUAUAUGGGGGAAAAAAACUUGUAUUCACUAUUUCUGCAAAUUAGUAUUAGUAACAGGAUGCCACAAUGUUUUUUCUAGUUUUACAAAAUUUUCAAAUUAUUUCUUAUUUUAUUUUAAAGCAUUAAAUAGAAAAGCUAAUUGAUAAAUCCUGUUAUAUAAAUCAAAGGCAUAUAUUCCAGGGAACGUGUUAUAAGUGUUUUUUUCUUUUUUCUAGGAUGGCACUAAAUUGAUUAAAAAUGCUUUUAGAUUACUGAUUUAUAUUAAAACAGACCUUCACUGCAAUUAGAUUAUGCCUAAUGGGAAGUAUUAUAUGAAAAGCAGAAUUGCACAAAGAUUCUAAAAUCUAUGGACAUUCCAUAUAGUCUUAAGAACACUUCUGAGGUGGAUAAAAUAUAGUUGAAAAUACCUAAGAAAGUGUCUUCUUUAAAGCCUUGUCUUUAAUCAUAGGAUUUUUUUCCCCUCUCUGUAUCCCCUGUGUCGUAUUAAAUCACAUUAUGUCUGAUCCAGAAUCAUUUUUGGUGUCUCAGUUAUCUCAGUGGAUCGCCAUGUGGUAGGUUUGACUAUUUGACAGUUAUUUAUUACCAAGAUGGUUGUAUGAUAGGUAAACUGGUACCACUGUGUUAUACAGUUAUCUUCUUUGCUCUUGAAAGAUAUUGUUAUUAUAAAAGCAACCUAGAAACACGUAAGAAAGAAAUGCAAAUAGAAUGAAAAACCCACUCUGAUGUCACCAUGCAGAAUUAACUACAGUGUUUCAUUGUAUCUUACUAUAAACUCUUUACCUUUCCUUGCCUUUUAAACUUUAUUAAUGUUACUAAAAAUUAAAGAACACCUAAAAGUAACAAAAAAAAUCAUAUAAUAACAAUUUGAAGAUACAUGGUCCCAUGGUCACAUCCCCAUGUGUAUGUUCUUACAAAAGAAGAAAGUGGAAAAGUCUUUAUGUCCCUAAUCUAUUAUCAAAUAUUAAAUGGGUUUUCCACCAAGGUAAAUUGGAUAAGAGGUAAAUCUUUAUGAGAGGUUGGUUUUAAUCACAUUUUUUAAAUAUACAUAGAUAAUCAACUAUCAUCAUAUUCUCCCCAAGACAUCCUUUAAUUAUUGAUACUUUUUAAAGGAAAACAACAUAUCUCUUAAUACCAAAGGAAAACUAAAACAUAAUCCUAAUACAAUUUCCUUUGUUACACUUACUGACAGACCCAGCAAAUUACAGUUUCAUUUUAACUUGAAGUUUUUAAGAACUUGACACAAGGCAUGUCUUUGUCUUGAAUUGUUAAAUUAUCAAAAGUAAUUAAAGGAUUAAUAAAAGUUUGAAUACCUAAUAUAAACUUCAAAUUUUCCAUAUAGCUUUUAUUCUAAAUGUGAUGAUAAAUUGGAUAUUUCUCAACCCUACCUAGAUUUUAUGAAAUUAAAACCAAAUAACCUAAUUAAAGCUAUUUUCUGGUCAUUUGUAGUUUUAAUUUCUCCUGAAGUGGUAAUUAAAACUGAUGAAAUUUCACACAGUUUUUGGGUAGGGUAGGGUUUGUAUGGAAGCAAUAUGCUUGGUUGGCGAUAACUAGAAACAGUAUUUCAGUUCCUCAUUUCACUAUGUUAUGUGUAGACAGGGACUUAGGGAUAAGGUAUGAUGUAAAUAAUAAUUUAGGAUAUUCACAUUUUAAAGUGAAGCAUACUUAUUGCAAAGCAUCUUCUGGGUUUAAGGAUGUUCCAUUAAUUUGAUAUUUAGGUUAAUCUGUAUAGUCAAGGCAUAGUAGAGAAUCCUAUAUUUAUUUUCUUCAGUGUUACUAUGUCAAAUGGUUAAUAUUGUGAUUGUUCUUUUUCUUUUUUCUAUUCAUUUUUAUAGCCAGUGCACAACUCUUACUGACAUUGAAUUUCUAAAGUCAUUAUGCUAUGAAACCUUAUCAAUGUGUAUUUGUAUUUCCUAACUGUUUGAGUUGUCAAAAUGCCAUAUAUUUCAAGUUUGUUUUCCAUUGGUCUCAAUAUUGAAGAAAACCAUAAAGUCACCUAUUACACAUCU